UGUGAAGGGUUAAGUAGAAAAAGAAAGUGGUCUCCAACCAACACCAACCCAUCCCACUCUCUCUUUCCUCUCUCCUUCCCUUUAUAUUAAUAAUCCUCUCACACCUUCAAACUUCAGGGCUCAACCUCAAAUCAAGCUCUCACACAUUUAGAGCUUUUUUGCCUAUACAGCAAAAUGGCUUCUCCACCAGACACAAGCAAAACCGUAAAGCUAGAACGUUACAAUAGCUACAUCAGAAAAGUUAACAGCACAAAACUCCUUAACGCAUCUUCCAAACUUCUCUUCCGAGCCACACUCUUGAUAGCACUCGUCCUCGUUUUCUUCUUCACUUUCAAUUACCCUCCACUCUCCGACUCCACCAACCACCACUUCCACACUCAUUCCCACUUUCUCACCUCCGCAUUCGGCGGCGGCGGUGCAUGGGAACGCCAAGUCCGUCACUCCGCUACACCGCGCCGUCCUAAUGGUUUCACAGUACUUGUAACCGGUGCAGCCGGUUUCGUCGGUUCUCACUGUUCACUCGCUCUUAAAAAACGAGGUGACGGAGUUUUAGGUUUAGAUAAUUUCAACACCUAUUACGACCCGUCGUUGAAGCGCGCGAGACAAGCUUUAUUAACUCAGCAUCAAAUCUUCAUUGUUGAAGGUGACCUAAACGACGCGCCGUUGUUAACCAAACUCUUCGAUGUAGUUCCGAUUACUCACAUCCUUCAUCUCGCUGCACAAGCCGGUGUUCGUUACGCCAUGCAAAAUCCACAAUCCUACAUCAAAUCCAACAUUGCUGGUUUCGUCAAUCUUCUAGAAGUUUCCAAAGCAGCCAAUCCUCAACCGGCGAUCGUCUGGGCUUCAUCAAGCUCAGUUUACGGUCUCAACACGGAGAAUCCAUUCUCAGAACUUCACCGGACAGAUCAACCGGCGAGUCUCUACGCCGCAACUAAAAAAGCCGGCGAGGAAAUCGCUCAUACUUAUAAUCACAUCUACGGUCUCUCCCUCACCGGACUCCGUUUCUUCACGGUGUACGGUCCUUGGGGAAGACCAGACAUGGCGUAUUUCUUCUUCACCAAAGAUAUUCUUCAUGGAAAAACCAUCGAUGUUUACCAGACGCAGGAAGGGAAGGAAGUCGCGCGUGAUUUCACCUACAUCGACGAUAUCGUGAAAGGCUGCGUAGGAGCUUUGGACACAGCGGAGAAAAGCACCGGAAGCGGCGGAAAGAAGAAGGCACCGGCGCAAUUAAGAAUCUACAAUCUCGGCAACACAUCGCCGGUGCCGGUGGGGAAACUUGUAACGAUUCUAGAAAACUUGCUGAGCACGAAGGCGAAGAAACACAUCCUCAAGAUGCCACGAAACGGCGACGUUCCGUAUACGCACGCGAAUGUGACAUUAGCUUACACAGAUUUCGGGUACAAACCAACAACGGAUCUUUCAACGGGUUUGAGAAAAUUCGUAAAGUGGUACGUUCGUUAUUACGGAAUUCAGUCAGGGGUAAAAAAGGAAAAUCCUCUCAAUAACGAACUACCCGAGGAUUCCGCUUGAUUUGCAAUUUGCAUCACAUCACAUGCCUCUCAUUUUCAAAAAAGAUUAUAAAAAAAAAAGAACCUUCUCUCAUUUUUCUUGUUUUUUGCUUUUGUGAAAUAAUUAUUAUAUUUUUUAAAAAAUGUUGUUUAAUUAUUAUUGUGUCGGUGAAAUGAUUAAUCAUGUAAGAAAUAUAGAUAUAUGAAUAUGGUAUAGAAAAGAAGAAUGAUAUAAAUGUGAAAGAAACAGAAAGCAAGGAGGUGUAGAUCUAUGAGUUGGAGGAAGAAAAGGGAGGUGUAAUGUAAUAAUUAUAAGUGGGGUCUGCUACAAAGGUUGUAGGUCUCUCUUUUUUCUAUUGAUAUAAAUUUUCAAGAAAAAAAUGGAACAAUGAUGUUAUUAUUGAACAAAAUAUUAUUAUGUGACAUCAAAAACUUUAGUCUCU